AUGCAUUCAAACGAGGAAUUCAUCAAAUUUCUUGGGGAAGGUUCUUAUGGCUACGUUCAUCUCGUUCGCUACACUAAUCCCGACGACGACGACGGCUCUUCGUUUCUCACCGCCGUAAAGAACUCGUACGACGAAGACUACGACAAUCUCAACCGAGAGCUUCAGGUUCUUCUUGAACUCAGAGGAUAUCCGAGGAUCAUCACAUGUUUUGGAGACUACCUCGAAGAAGGCCUCAGCAGUUACGGAAACAGAGUAUACAAAUUGCUUCUCGAGUACGCUUCCGAAGGUAGUUUAAACACUUUCUUGAACAACUUCCCCGACAGAAAGCUUCACGAACCGUUGAUCAAGGAUUUCACGCAGAUGAUUCUCGAAGGUCUGGUCUCGAUCCACGGCCACGGUUAUGUGCAUUGCGACAUGAAAUCAGACAAUCUUCUUGUGUUCCCUUCUUCGACAGAACAUUCUUCAUCACGGUACGAGCUGAAGAAAUUAAGAGCAUAG